UAGACAACAGAUGGAACAGCAAAAUAUGAAUAGAAGAGAAAAAAAACCUACCAUCUUGCUGAAUGGAGUGGGAGGAAGUGACGGAUUUUGAACAAAUCCAAUACCAAAAAGGUUAUGACGAGGGAACAGCUGUAGGGCAUCAGCAAGGGUAUGAGGAGGCCUUUCUAUUUGGCUUGGAACAUGCAUACGAAAAAUUUCUCUUGAUUGGAGAAAUUUACGGACGUGUCUGUGUAUGGUUACGGGACGAGAAUAUCAAACAACCAAAAGUAAAAAAGGCAAAAAAACAUUUGGAACAGUUGAAAGUCCUUCUAGACGCUUUGCCGUUUCACAAUGAACUCGGAGAUACAGAAGCAGGUUUCGAUGCCUACUGGAAUCGAAUCACCGCUAAAACAAAAGUUGUUUCAAGCCUUCUAGGAAUUAGAAUCUUGCCGCCAGACGCAGAACAAGACAACGACGGCUUUGAAUAAUUUCGAUCCGUUCAUAUAUAUAGAGGAAUUCGCCAUUUAGAAUAUGCCAUCUCAUCUGUAUUUCCCUUUGAGUCUUUUGUUACUUUGCUUAAAACACAGUUAAUCUUUACAAGAAUUACGAGUUUCCUAUUCAUCAUUGCCUUGACUUGAAUGCACGGUACGAUCUCAUCUCCGUAAGUCCUCUCCACACUUUCCUGCUGAGUUAGUUUUACUACUAUUACUAUCGGUUCUUAUACCAACUACCUCGACAUUUUCAUAGACUUUUUUUUUAGACAUUUUAUUCAAACAAUAAAUAGAUACUUUUUUGAAGCUUUAUA